AUGGCGAACAUAUCUCCUAAUUCAGAUGGUGAUUCCUUUGUUGGAGCAGACACCGCCAAGCAGCUUUCGGAUAUACAAAAGAAGUUGAAUGAUUUAAAGCAGCGCCGUGAAGAGCUGGAAGAGCAGCGGAGGAGAAUCCUCGGCGCUUCCGAUCAAAGUUCUUCUCGCCCACGUUCAUUGCGGGGUCCUACGCAAAAUAGGCGUCGGCACUCGCAACCAUCGCAACGAACACUCCCCUUGCGACCACCGCGGCCUCCCAUUUCUGAUCACAGUAUUCGAAUUCCCAAUGAAAAGGAACGACAGCAGACUGCACAGAGAACUCCAUAUUUGGAAAUGAAAGAGAGCAUGCGCCGCAGUUGGAGCCGUGACAGCUCACUGGUGAUGGGAAGUUUCCUGAUGGAAGAUAACCCGCGUGCCAGAACCUUCACUCGUGAGCGGCGCUUCAUUCCACCUCCAGAGUGCAACGGAAUUUAUUUUCUCGGUACAGAAAUGGAAUUGAUGAUUAGGAACAAAAACGUUGCGCCUUCACAGCGCUCUGGGCGCCGCGACAACACGCCAUAUCGCUGGAAUGAUAUAAUAGAUGGCGUGACGCCGGGUCCAGGGGCUUACACCCCAUUGUUUAGUAAAGUGAGUAAGCCAUCAAGGCGAGCCCAGUUAUUUUAA